UGAUAGAGUAACAAGACAUGUAGACCAUUAUAUGCAAACAAACCUCUUCAAUCGUUUCACCACCAUUCUCCUCCACCGUCUCCAAGCCCUAAACCUUCCCUAAUCUCCAAUUCAUCAACUCCAAAUCCAAUUUCUACUGCUUAGGGUUUUUGUGUCAGCCGAGAGUUUCAAGGAUCUGGGAAAUGGCAAGUUCGAUGACUACCACCGUCUAUAUCCAAGUCAUCGAGGAUGUCAUCAACAAAGUCCGAGAAGAAUUCGUCAUGGCGAAGGAAUUCCUUCGCCUCGAUGUCGUUGCCACUUCUUACUUGCGGUGAAAGCACAAAAACGGCAACAUGCCUGUGAUGAAGGCAAUGGAAUAUGAUGUUCAUGAGUCCUCAAAAGCAGGAAAGGAAGUGAUAACAACUUGCAGUUCUACCAAGAACCUACUAUAUCAGGUCUCAGAUUCUUCAUUUGGUAAAUUUGAAAUUACCAGGAAACUUCUAGGGUUAAAAUUGUAUGGGGUGCGGGUGAUUUGUGCUUCCAAGAAUUCUGAACAGAGCUGGGACAUGCCAAGAGAAGAACUUAAAUAAAUGAACAACUAAAAGAAUCAAGAUAAAAAAAAAAGGACCAUCCGUUCAUGAAGAUUCUCAAAGCACCAUAAUUCGAUGGCCAUAAAGACACUUGAAAAUGUUUAUUUUUAUUUUGAUGUCUUUUAAUUUUAAAAUAUUUGUUUUGUAAAAAUUUGAUAUCUAUAUGUAAGAAAUAGUGACAUAUUUUAGAUGAUAUGUUA